AUGGCAGGUCCGUUCCGAGAAAGCAGAGUCACAGAUGCUGACAGGCGCCAUUUUGAUUUUGUCCAAAGUUUGCUCCGUAUUUCUAAAGAACUCACAGAAGAGGAAACUGCAGUCAUGAAGUUGUCCUGCAUGCACCUGAUCCCUAAAGGCAGGGCGGAACAACUCAAGCGGACAGUGGAUGUUUUCCACAAGCUGAUGGAACUGGACAAAAUUGACCAGGAGAACCUGGAGUUUAUAGAAGAGAUCUUGGAAAGAAUCGGACGACAGGACCUGAUUCGGGACGUUCUGCGGUCGUUCCAGCCGCCUGACCGAGAGAUUCCGGAAAAUCCCGAGCUGCAGCCGGAAAACCCCGAGCUGCAGCCGGAAAACCCCGAGCACCAACCGGGAGCAAGUCUGUUAAGGACGACAGCAGAAGGUGACGUGCAGGGAUAUUUUGACGAUGUCAUCGAAGAAGUCAGCUACAAGUGGGACGACCUGGCCUGGAAGCUGGGAUUUCAGGAUAACGAAAUCAAAGUAAUCCGAGACUUGGAGCGAGACCAUGACCACAGGUGCAGGGAAAUGCUGACCAGGUGGAGAAACAGGGAGGGAAAGGGAGCUACUCCACAGGUGCUGAAACAAGCCCUAAAGAACAUUGGUGAAACUCGGACAGCAGAGAGCCUGGAAGGAACUACAACCUCCAACACCUACGUGGUCGUGCACGGCACAGUGCGCAUGAUCCAGGAAACUCUAGAUCAUCUUAAAAACUGCCUGGCAACCUUAAUUGGCACGAGAAGGUCACAGGUCAAGUUCAGAGGUUACAAGAAGCACAAGAGCAUCCUGGUGCUCUUCUCCAUACCGCGGGAGAACACGGCGGUGCUGAGGCACAUGGCGGAUCACUCCGACCCGAGACUUGUCUACAUGGGCGUCAAGUCACUGCAGAUCGACGCUGAAGUUCCCAUCAAAGUCCAACAGGGGGCGCCAUUGUACGAUUUCAAGAGACAACUGCCUGUUGAUGACAUUGAGGUGGGAUGCAGUACCCGGACCAAACACCAGAGGGCGCCCCAGGGCUGGACCCGCCUGUCUGCCCUGAACCUGUUCUCGGACGCCCUGCCGCUCCAUCUGCAGGCAGCGGCGAGUCUGGAGUACCAGGGCUUCUCCUACAGCCUGGUCCGGGCUCUGGUGCAGAAGGACCGGCUCAGAGAACACCAGAUGAGACAGGCCAUCCAGAACCUCAGGAACGCCGAGGUGGAUUCCAACACGCUCCGUCAGAAGGCAGAGGUGGAUUCCAACACGAUCAUGACUUUGCGCUCCAAGCUCAACAUCACAGAGAACAGGCUGAAAGAGGCUCUUGAGACGAUCGCAGUUCUUGAAGAAAAGCUGAAGCAGGCCCAAGAAUACGCAGAGAAAGCCGCUAAGCAGGUUGCAUCCCACGUGACGGAAUACAGGGGAGAGAAGCCGCCUGGAGGCUGGUUUGCUCAUCAGGCGGAGAAGGCAGAUGUAGCUACACAGACACACAUAGAGGGUUCUGUUGAUAUCACAAGGAGACCUGGAGAAAGGGUUGAAAAGCAUAGAGAAGACCCAACUGCAAAGGAAGAAGGCAGGAAAACUCCAAGGAAAGACUCUGGCAGUGGGAGGCAUGGAAAAGAUGCUGUUUUCGGUUCAGAAGCAUUCAAAUCAGAGCGACACACAGAGUUGAUAGAAGGAGCGGCACCUGGCCCUACUGGUGUGGUCACUUUUGGCGGGAAAGGAUCAGAACCUGGAAAGUUUAAUUACCCACGUGGCGUUGUGGUGUCGCCUAGCAACGAGAUAUUCGUAGCUGAUACAGACAACAGCACGGACGGGACCGCCAUGGCGGGGUUUGACCUGGAGAAGAUCGGUUAUUCCCGCCGUAUUGCAGUGGGCAUGCGCACUAACCACAUCCUGGUUACUGAUCCAGACAAUGCUGCAGUUCAUGUUUUCCGUCCGGACGGCUCCCUGGUGCGGACAGUCCGGCAUCCACGGGGUGGGGAGAUGACUCGCCCAACGUACGCUACAGUUGACGGGGAGGGGAACAUUCUUGUGUCGGACUGGGACACUCACUGUGUCUACGUGUAUGACGAGUUCGGGAAGUUCCUGUUCCACUCGGGGCACAUCCUCGUGGCGGACUAUGGGAACAAGAGUGUUCAGAUCUUCACACGUCACGGCGAGUUUGUCCGUACCGUCCGUACUGGGUUUCGGCCGGAAGGCCUGGCUGUGGGGCCGGAAGGGCAGCUGGUUGUAAACAGUUAUUUGAACGACAUUGUGACUGUUUAUCCCAGCUAUUAG